CAUCGACAAUUCAAAGGGGAUGCUUACUGGGGACAAAACCAUAAUAACAACAGAAAAAUAUACCCACAAAGACGUUUUCCUUCUCCUGUAACCGCGUGGAAGUUUCAAUCACUUUUCUCGUUUCACUCGGCAAAUAUCUCCUUUUUUUGAGCUCCUCUGUCCUCUCCAUAUAUAUUGUACGCAAACGGUAACUUAGCCAACAUGGAGUUUCUCCCACCUGGUUUUCGAUUCUACCCAACAGAGGAAGAAUUAGUUGUCUUCUAUCUACACAACCAGCUAGAAGGCCAAAUACACGACACAAGCAGAGUCAUUCCAGUCACUGACAUCAAUGGCGUAGAGCCAUGGAACCUUCCAACACUUGCAGGGGAGUUUUGUCGUGGAGACACGGAGCAAUGGUUUUUCUUUUCACCUAGACAAGAGAGAGAGGCCAGAGGAGGCAGACCCAACAGAACCACGGCAAGUGGGUAUUGGAAGGCCACGGGUUCCCCUGGCCAUGUUUACUCUUCUGACAACAAAGUCAUUGGGAUGAAGAAAACCAUGGUGUUUUACAAAGGGAAAGCUCCCACCGGAAGGAAAACCAAAUGGAAGAUGCAUCAAUACAAAGCCAUUGAACACUCUCACCAAUCCAACACUGCCCCUCCCAAGCAGUUGAGGCACGAAUUCAGCUUGUGUCGUGUGUACGUGAUAUCGGGAAGCUUUCGAUCGUUUGAUCGACGCCCACUGGAGAUGCCAAGAAUUGAGCUACGAGUUGAUGGGGACAGAGGUGCUGCUUCAACAAGUACUCAACAGAGAGCAGCAGUGGUGGAUGGAUUAAGUUCUUCUGAUACUUCUUCCCACUCUGGAGGAGGAAGAGGGGGUUCUCAUAUCUCAGAGGCUGGAGCAGGGUCAAGUGGAACCAAUUGGAAUGCAAGUAAUAGUAGGGUUGAGGAACCACUUUGGGAAUGGGAACAACUUAAUUGGCCAUGACCCAAAAGUCAAGAACAUGCUUCAACCUAGCAAGACUUUAUUAAUUGAGAAACAUAUCGUUUACAUCAAUUUAAUCUAAGUUGGAAAAAGCAGGGCGAGAAAUUGAUUAAUUAAUCAUCUAAAUUGUAGGCGUAGUUGGGUAUAACUUCCUUCACCUUUAAGGGGCAAGCAAUGUAAUGUAACAUAAUCUUUACUAUUUGUUGUUUAGCAUAGGAUUGAUUUUUCCCAGGAAAAUAAGUUGGGAAUAAGAUCCAAACAUAAAAAGGAAGGUGGCGUGGAUCUUGUAAUUUUGUUUUAGUGACUUGUUGUCUUGUAACGAUAAUCAAUCAAUCUCCUUUUCACCCCUUGAAACUUUCUCUCUUGUUUAUAAAAUCAAAUGAAAUUAAUCAGUCUACUAUUUGUUUAGGAAUUCAA